AUGCCAGCAGCAUCAGACAGAUUCUACAGAGAGCAGAGCACCCUCAGCCAGAGCAUCCGGCUACUGCAGAGGACAGCCAAGGAACUACCAGUGAAGGUGACUGAUGUCCUUAGUGCCAUCGACGCAGCAGAGUACCUCAUCACACACAACGCAUCACACGUGGUAAAACAGGAGACUGAUGUGUACAUGCGGAGCCUGGUUGGAUACUUCAGACAGUACACUGACUGGGUCAAAAACUCUCUGACAGGGGAGGUGGCUCAGUGCAAGCCCAUCAGUAACAUCAUCGACUCCAUGGAGAUAGUCGCCUGCAGCUUCAUAGUCGACUCAGUGAACACGUUCUGGUUUGGUCUGAGUGGUUGCUGUAUAUUCCUGAUUCCCAGCAUCAUCCUGUCAGUCAAACUGGCCAAGUACUACAGGAGGAUGGACACAGAGGACGUGUUUGAAGAGGGCCAGGAGAACUGGUAGAGAAACAGAGAAAGAUAACAAAACAACAACAACCAAAGAAGACAGAACUGUGCUGAUCUCCGCCCCACAACAACCCCUCACCUGAUUGGACAAGGACCUUAGCUGCCAGCCAAUUACAGUAGCCCAAAUGAUGCCCUGUACGUUCCAUCGCCCAAUCACAACACUAGUUCUGUCUGACAUUACCAUACUUUAUGAAUAUUUCACCUGUGUGAACAUGUUGGUGGAUUAUUUCGAUAUAGUUUCUUUUAUAUAUUAUUUUAGACAACAGUGUUCUGUUUGUUUCUCCUCAGCUUAACACUGUAACCACUGACUCACAUCAAUGACGUGUACAUUUUAUACGCUUUCAAUACCUUUGAAAGUUUUAUAUAUUUUUUAACAUAAUAUGUUAGCAUGUUAGCGGACGCUAGCUACCAAACCAUGUUAGCAUGUUAGCAGACACUAGCUACAAAACCUUGUUAGCAUGUUAGCUAGCGGUCGCUAGCUGCUUGUUGAUUGACAGCUGUAACCAUCGCAUGACGCAGCUGUGUUGUCACGGCUGUGAUGUCAUUCUGUGAUGUCGCAGCUGUGAUGUCAUAUCUGUGAUGUCACGACUGUGAUGUCACGACUGAUGUCACUGCAGGCUCUGAAUCUGUGAAUAAAGAUUUCA